AAUAUUUACAUAUUUGUCCGGGAUUACUAUCAGCACCUAUCAAGGGUAUGAAAAACGGAAUAUGAAAACAACAACAACAGCAUUUCGUAACGACUAGCGGCGUCGUUAUAAAUAGUGCGUGUGCCGGGAGCCGCCGUGUCAGUUCUCCUGUCGGCCGGGCUGAAGAGGACGAAAGUGACCCAGAGGACAUCAGUGGAUAUAAAAACAUGCGUGCCUUCCAAGUAUUCGCAUUCGUCGCAGCCUGCGCCGCUGCUAGCGCCAGUUACAUAGGCCACUCUGGCUAUGGCGACCACGGUGGCUAUGCUGGCUACAGCGGUCAUGGUGGCUACGGCGGCUACAGUGGGCUAGGCGGCUACGGAGGCUAUAGUGGCCACGGAGGUUAUGAAGGCCACGGGGGCCACGGGGGCUAUGCUGUCGUGCACGAUGAUGGCCACCACGGAGACUAUCAUUCGCAUCCCAAAUACGCGUUCGACUACUCCGUGAAAGACCCUCACACCGGCGACCACAAGACCCAGUGGGAAACGCGCGACGGUGAUGUUGUUAAAGGCGCUUACUCCCUCGCCGAACCUGAUGGCACCACCCGCAUCGUAGAAUACACCGCCGACAAGCAUAAUGGCUUCAACGCAGUGGUCAAGCGCAUCGGCCACGCUCACCACCCGCAAGUGUACGGUCACGACACUCACGACGCAAACGGUUAUUACGGAUACCACUUACCUGGAUACCGAAUGUCAACAAUGGCGAGAGUGCUUGCAUUGCUGGCCCUCUUGGCGCACCUAUUAGUAUUAACAAGCCAAGAAGAGACUGUUUUCGUGGAAGAGGAAGUGAAAGAACACGAUACCAAUCAAGGAAAUCCUAGUUAUUCCUACAGCUACGGAGUCUCCGAUGCGAGCACAGGUGAUGUCAAAUCGGUAUGGGAGUCCAAAGAAGGUGACACUGUUAAAGGUCAUUACAGUGUUGUUGAACCGGAUGGUUCUAUGAGAUCUGUCGAGUACUCAGCCGGUCCUGAUACCGGAUUCACAGCCGUAGUAAAAAAUGAUGGGGAGUCAGUUGAGAAAAAGGGUCGUAGUUUGUUUGAAGAAAAAUCUCAAAGAGAUUUUGGGAAGUUUUACGACUUUUCUGAAGAUUCAGAAGAUGAAAGAGAUUCUUACCUGCCACCUGAUAGGAAAAGAGCAAAACACCCUUUCGAAUCACUAUUUAAAGAUUAUUCCCUAAAAAAACGGCCAAAGUAUCCAAAAGACUUAGAAGCAAGUGACUUCACUCACAGCAUUACAAUAAAACAUCCACUUGAUGAAGCGGGAAACGAGCCACAUAGUCACCAAGGCAUUAAUUAUGAUCCAAAUUGCAAAAACAAACAUAAUAAAGAAACUAGUAAUUUGUAUGGUAAUUUAGUAGAGUUUGAUAUAAGCAAAAGGUAUCCAGUUAACAAACUUUUUCAACCAGCAUCGUACGAUGACGACUCGCAGAAUUCUCCAUCCAACUAUGAUGCAGAGAAACUUACCAGCCCAUUUGGUUUUAAUGGAUACAAGUUCCCUACGUUGUCAGAAACAGAUUUGAGGUUAUUAGCAAACAAAUACAAGGGCCGUCCAAAUUAUGAAAAUGAGCACUAUCCUAUACCUGAAUUACCGAUACCUGAAAAGUAUUAUCCGGAUGAUAUUCCGCCGCGACCGAAGAAGAAAAACAGGCCACCGAAAAUCCCAGAGUAUAGCUAUCCUAGCGAUGACAUAAACGAUUAUAUACUUGUACCGAAAAAGAAGUUUAAGAAUCCCCCAAGGAUCCCCGAUGACUACAGACACGAAGAGGAUGAUUACGAGCGUCCGCAAUACUCCAACGACGAUGACGAUGAUGACGAGCGACACCGCCAGCCAAACAAGGGCGAGAAAAAAAUCGUCCGCAAAAUAAUUAAAAAGAGAAAGCCGGUCAUUAACUUAUUAGAUAUUCUUGAUAUUUAAUUUUAUAUUACUAAUUACAAACUAGGUAAUAAUAGUACUUGAGAUAAAUUCUAAGAUAACAGAUACUAUACAGACUGAAAUGCAAUUAAAGUAACGAAGGAUUGUUUUAGUUC